AUGUGCCAUUGGCUUAUCUGCGUGUUCAUCGUUGCGGAACUGACGUCGAUCUACGUGCUGUAUCACACUCUAGACAUGUAUAUGAUCGAACGCAACUUGCCGUUCGAGUUUGACAUUGAUGAAGAUCAAGAGUUGGUCUCGCCGAAAGACGUGUUUUGCCCGGACCAUUCGUUGGACGUCGUUCCGACCUCGUCAGAAUCGAAUCGAAGCCCGGAAGAUCCGUUGACCGUCGUUACGGCAUUCAUAGACAUAGGCUCGUUUCAGAAGAACGGCUACGUACGACCGCUUUCGCAGUACCGUUCAUGGUUCAGACUGUGGAGAAACGUGCACAACCCGGUCGUACUGUUUUACAACAAAGCGUGGAUUUGCAGGACAUUUCGUGCCAUUCGGGGCAACCUGACCACCAGGUACAUUCGUGUCGAUCUUUCUCGCGAAGGUGCUUUCUGGAGUUCUAAGCUGAGAGUGGAAACGACGAAAAUCUUCAGCGACAACAACUACCCGAAACAUUAUCCGUCAACGACGAACGUCGACUAUGUGGUGGUGAUGCACGCGAAAUACGACUUCGUCGAGUACGCGCUGCAGAGAAACUUUUUUCGCUCAAGCCACUUCGCUUGGAUAGACAUCGGUUUGUUCAGGGAUUACGACCUGACGCAAUGCUUUCGACUGCAACUGCCUCCGCAUUUCGACGAAACCAAAGUGGCGUUCGGCAAGGUGCAGGAUUUUCGGUCGAACCAGACCGCCGAGCAGAUCAUCCGGUCGAUGCCCGUGUGGCUCUGCGGGUGCAUAUUCGUCGGCAGCUGGUCGGUUCUGCAACGGUUUGUCGUCCAAUACCGCGACACCGUGAACGCAAUCUUGCGUCGGAAGCUGGUCGGCGACGACCAGAUGACCCUCUAUUCCAUGUUUGCUGACAAAACCUUGAACAUCAGUAUUACGGUUCCUAUUCAGUGGUACGAAACAAAUUAUGAACUUAUCAACUGCGACCGGUGGUUUUGUCUGGCUUAUGUGAUGAGGGUGCUUGAGAAGUGCAUAUGA